UGGAGAGAUUCUUCCGCUCCAGAGCCUGGUCAGCUACCAGGAGUGAAGAUGGCUGCGUUCUGGGCUGUUUUCCUCCUCUGCAGCCAGCUGACCCUUUCAUGGGGACGUGGAAUCAUGUUCUUGGAUGACAAAGCCGAUGUAGAUGAUUUUAGAGUGUCACAAGCCAAACGUGACCCCCAGAGGCUUCCACGUGGUCUCCUUGGUGGUAAUCUUCUUGGUGGUCUCCUUGGCAAAGACGGUGCUGUUGGCAGCCUCCUUGGCCAAGAUGGUGUCCUCGGUGGUCUCCUUGGCAAAGAUGGUCCUGUUGGUGGCCUCCUGGGCAAAGAUGGUGCUGUUGGCAGCCUACUUGGCAAAGAUGGUGCUGUUGGUGGUCUCCUUGGCCAAGACGGUGUCCUCGGUGGUCUCCUUGGCAAAGAUGGUGCUGUUGGAAGUCUCCUUGGUCAAGAUGGUGUCCUUGGUGGUCUCCUUGGCAAAGAUGGUCCUGUUGGUGGCCUCCUAGGCAAAGAUGGUGCUGUUGGCAGCCUCCUUGGCCAAGAUGGUGUCCUCGGUGGUCUCCUUGGCAAAGAUGGUGCUGUUGGUGGCCUCCUGGGCAAAGAUGGUGCUGUUGGCAGCCUCCUUGGCCAAGAUGGUGUCCUUGGUGGUCUCCUUGGCAAAGAUGGUCCUGUUGGUGGCCUCCUAGGCAAAGACGGUGCUGUUGGCAGCCUCCUUGGCCAAGAUGGUGUCCUCGGUGGUCUCCUUGGCAAAGAUGGUGCUGUUGGAAGUCUCCUUGGUCAAGAUGGUGUUCUUGGUGGUCUCCUUGGCAAAGAUGGUGCUGUUGGCGGCCUCCUUGGUCAAGAUGGUGUCCUUGGUGGUCUCCUUGGCAAAGAUGGUGCUGUUGGUGGCCUCCUAGGCAAAGAUGGUGCUGUUGGCAGCCUCCUUGGCCAAGAUGGUGUCCUUGGUGGUCUCCUUGGCAAAGAUGGUGCUGUUGGCGGCCUCCUUGGUCAAGAUGGUGUCCUUGGUGGUCUCCUUGGCAAAGAUGGUGUUGUUAACAGUCUCCUUGACAGAGAUGGUAUCCUUGGUGGUGUCCUUGGGAAAGAUGGUGUCCUGGAUGCUCUCCUUGGCAAAGACGGUCUUGUUGAUGGUCUUCUUGGCAAAGAUGGUCUUGUUGAUGGCCUACUUGAUGCUGUCCUUGAUAUUCUCAUUGGCAAAAAUGGUAUCCUUGGUAAAAAUGGUCUUGUUGGCAAUCUUCUUGGUGGAAAUGAUGGAGGUGUCACAGGGCUGAAGAUCCUGAACAACACCCUCCCCAGGGUACACCUGCGCUCCCUGCCCGGCUUCGGGCACAAGGUGGGCUUCAGCACCCAGCUGCUGGUAGAGACCACCAGCGAGGUGGGCACCAGCCUCUGUGUGCCGGUGGUUGUAGAUGCGGUCAUGCUGGUCCAGGACAAGUGGGCAACUCAAGGGAGCAACAAGGACUGCAUGACUGUUGACAUGAGCAUGCGUGUGAGACCCAACGUGCCACUUCUGGAUCAGCCUUUAAAACAGCUCCUUAGUGCUCCCCUGCGGGAGGUGGGCUGCAACAUCCUCCGCGCCAGGCUGGGCGUGCUGGGCACCCUGUUGGGCUCCGGGACUCCCGCGGUCCCGCUCGGGGCGCUGGGGGACCUGCCGCCCUUCUCCAUCCUCAGCCGCGACGCUGUCCAGCUGGAGCUGAACCUCCUGGCUGGGGACACGGCGGGUGGCAUGAGGACCCCUGCACAGCAGGGACCCCGGCUGCCCGCCCGCCUGCUGCUGCUCACGGGGCGCCCACCCCGGCUCGUCCUGCCCCGCCGGGGCCUCCAGCUGGGGCUGGCCCAGGCACAGGGAGCCUUCAACCUCCGCAUCUCUGACUCCAUGGUGCCCGGGAGCAUCUCACUCUCCACGUCCUCCCUUCUCCCGUUCAUCCCCCAGCUUGCCAGGGCCCUGACGACGUCGCUGCCACUGGAGCUGCUCGUGCGGGUGGCUGACGAGCCCCUGGUGACCCUGAGCAGCCAAGGAGCCACCGCCACCCUCAGAGCCUCCAUCGAUGUCACCAUUCCCGCCCUGCAGUCCUCCCAGAAGCUCCUCUUCUCUGUUGAUGCUGACAUUGUUGUGAACAUCAUCCCAUCAGUCUCUGACGGCAAAGUGCAGAUGUCCCUGGCCCUGGACAGCAUCAGGCUGACACGGAUACCCCAGGGGCUUGACCCUCUCAGUGUCUCCUCACUUGCAGAAUGGCUCAAGCAGGUCCUGAUGGCUGCCUACAUCCCUGCUGUGAACAAUGCCUUGCACGUGUCAGUCCCUCUGCCCAGCACCCUCAGCUCCAGCCUCCGGAGCGUCGAGAUGGACGUCAUGGAGGCAGACAACUUUCCUGACCAGAUGGUUCUGAGGGGGUCCUGCCCGGGCGGACCCUUGGCCCUGCUGGCCCUGUGAGCCCUGCUCCCCUCUGCUGUCUCCGUGUCACCCGGGGCUCUGUGCUGCUGUUGCUGUGGCCUGAGGGGCCAGCUCUGGUCUCUUCUUGGCCAGUGCUGGCAUAGCCUGGCCCCAGGGUAAGGAAAGGUGCUGGGCUGGGGGGUUUCUGUGGCCACUUGUAACACCCACCAGUGGGAAGCACAGCUUGUCCUUAGGCACAGCAGUUG